AUGGGUCAGCUACCAUCAUCACGAGUUACCCCACACAGACCUUUCCACAAGAGUGGAGUUGAUUACGCGGGUCCAAUUCAAGUCAGACCUACAAAGGGUCGCGGUUAUCGCUCCACAAAGGGCUACAUAUGCUUAUUUGUGUGCAUGGCAACGAAAGCCCUACACCUUGAGGUGGUCAGCGACAUGACUGCGCAAAGCUUCUUGGCUGCAUUCAAAAGAUUUGUCGCACGAAGAGGCCAUGUCUCUGACUUGUGGAGCGAUAACGGCACUAACUUUGUAGGAAGUGCUAAAGAGCUUACAAAAUUGUUUUCCGCAGAAAGGUCUGUUGUAGUGGCGGAAAUACAGGACUGGAUGUCCUCAAAUGGUGCUAACUGGCACUUUAUUCCUCCCCACUCUCCAAACUUUGGAGGGUUGUGGGAGGCACGCGUUAAGUCAAUAAAAUAUCAUUUACGGAGAAUAUUAGCCUUUCAUCCCGGAGCCGACGGCAUCAACCGCGUUGCCGAUAUCAGAACUGCCACCGGAAUCGUCCGAAGACCUUUCUGCAAAAUCUGCCCUAUACCUAACAACAAGGAAGGCUAA